CUUCCGAUUCGGAACCAUCGGAAAAAAAACACUAUCGGAAUCAUGAGGCCGAAUAAUCAUAUGAAUCAGAUGAUGCCGCCGCCGCCCGGAGGUAUGAAUCAGAUGAUGCCGCCGCCAUCGGGAGGUGUGUCGCAGGCCAGGAAGGACAACAAGGUCCGGCGUCGUCCAGACCUGAGUCUACCGAUGCCGAGGCGCGACACGUCUCUGGCGGUGCCGUUGCCUCUGCCGCCGGGGCCGAGCUCGGCUCCGUCCGGCUCCGGGGCCGUGAUGAUCAACUUCAACGACCUGGAUCGGGCCAACCGGAUUGGGAGCGGCGCCGGCGGCACGGUCUACAAGGUGAUUCACAAGCCGACGGGGCGGGUCUACGCGCUGAAAGUGAUCUACGGCACGCACGACGAGUCGGCGCGGCACCAGAUCUGCCGCGAGAUCGAAAUCCUCCGCGACGUGGAUAACCCUAACGUCGUCAAGUGCCACGAUAUGUUUGAUCACAACGGCGAGAUCCAGGUGCUUCUGGAGUUCAUGGACGGCGGAUCGUUAGAAGGGAAGCACAUCUCCAACGAGAAAGCUCUCUCCGAGUUGACACGUCAGAUCCUCACCGGCUUGGCCUACCUCCACAGACGGCACAUCGUCCACCGCGAUAUCAAGCCUUCGAAUCUCUUGAUCAACGCAAGGAACCAGGUCAAGAUCGCCGAUUUUGGAGUCAGCAGAGUUCUGGCGCAGACUAUGGACCCGUGUAACUCCUCUGUAGGGACUAUAGCCUAUAUGAGCCCGGAGAGGAUCAACACCGAUCUCAAUCAGGGCAAGUACGACGGCUACGCCGGCGACAUUUGGAGCCUUGGGGUCAGCAUCUUGGAGUUUUACAUGGGGCGGUUUCCGUUCAACGUGCAGCGGGCUCAGGGAGAUUGGGCAAGCUUAAUGUGGGCUAUUUGUAUGUCUCAGCCGCCUGAGGCACCGCCGACGGCGUCAAGAGAGUUCCGGAAUUUCAUUGCUUGCUGUUUGCAGAGAGAGCCGAACAGGAGAAUGACUGCGGCGCAGUUGUUGCAGCAUCCGUUUAUCUCAGGGAAUGGUGGCGGUCCGCCGCCGGUUCAUCAGAAUCUGCACACUCUUCUACCACCGCCGCCGCGCCCGCUUCCGUCUUAGCUAGUACUUUCUAUCUUUUGCCCCAAUUACUGUGAUGAUGAUGAUGCUGGUUUUACUUGGUUAAUUUUUCUGUCUUUCCUCUUUUUGAUGAUAAUGAUAAUGAUGAUAUGAUUUGGUGUUUAAGGAAGAUGAUGAUGAUGAUAAUGAUGGGUGGGAUUUGAUGAUUUGAGGAGGAAUUGGGUGCAUUUGUUGUUAGCUUUACUUCUGCUUUGGUUAAUCAGUCUGUCACUCAGCUCAAUCAUUCUGUCAUUGAUAAUGUGAAUGGUAACCAGAAAUGGGAAACUGGCUUUGGGGGGACUCACCAUUAUCCCAGAGUUCAGGCAUGUGAUUGGAUUUUUGGGUGCUGCUAAUGUUCUUUUCCGGUUUUGGUUAAAUUCUUUGUUGGGUAUUUCUGGGAGGUGUCAAUAUGGAGUGAAUCGUUUAGCUGCCCAGCUUAAUAUGGCUGGUUUGCCUUUGUAGUUUCAAUGCACGAAUCUCUGUUUGUCCAUCAUGAAGAUUACAUGGAGAUUACACCGAAUACGAAAGUUGCAGGGAUUCUUUCUUUUUUCUCUCUUUUUCCUCUUAUAUACCUUCCUCCUUCCCUCGUUUGUUCUGUUCAUAUUUUUCUGGUAAUAAUGUAAUAUGAAGUAGGCAAUAGUAACACACUGAAAAGAGGAGCUUAUAUAUAUUGAAGUCUGGCAUUGGUGAAACCACUAUUGUAACUUUAAUUUGUUAGUGAAAAUCAGUAAUCAGAGUUUCGGUAUCUCAAGCAAUUUUAUCAUUUUCAUAAGGAAAUGAUUGUCGAAGUUGUCCGUUGCUACUGGCAUCCAUACGAACUAUGAAUGUGCCGUGCUUUUGCUUAUUCAUAUCUGGCGCCUUCGUUCAGUUUAGGCAAACGGAUUUGGUUGCCUGGACAUUUUGAACCUGGACACAAAGUCCUUAUUCUUGUUCUCAACACCGU